AUGUAUUCCCAGCGUCCUUUAUCCUAUGCGCCAACGCCCUACAGUUAUACACCAGAUCCCGCCCGGUCGGCCUCAAUCAAUCUCGAUGAGGAGGUGAAAUUGGUUUCUAGUUCAGGAGAGCGUGACCUCUACGAAUCUCUCGCUGAGAUCUACAGUAUUAUCGUUACCCUUGACGGUCUCGAAAAAGCGUACAUCAAAGAUGUAGUCACCGAGGCAGAGUACACCGAGACUUGCACCCGACUCUUGAAACAAUACAAGUCCAGCCUAGGCGAUGAGACCGUUGCUCGAGAAUUCGUUGAUUUGGAAUCGUUUAAGCGAACCUGGGGUCUGGAAUGCCCCCGAGCUACCGAACGACUACGAAUCGGCCUCCCCGCGACUGUCGAACAAGCUUCACACAAUGCACCCAACUCCGGCAGUGGGGCACAAGGAGGAUCAGGUGGCGGCGCAUCGGGUAGUCUGAUCCUGACUGCGACGGAAAACUUCAUCACAUUCCUCGAUGCAUUGAAGUUGAACAUGGUCUCGAAGGAUGCGCUACACCCGCUGCUCUCAGAAGUCAUUCAAUCGGUAAACAAGGUGGCAGAUGGAGAAUUUGAGAAUCGGGGCAAGAUCAUCCAGUGGUUGAUUGCCCUGAAUCAGAUGCGGGCGACGGAGGAAUUAAGUGAGGACCAGGCACGGGAGCUAGCCUUCGAUAUUGAACAGGCGUAUCAGGGCUUCAAGGCGACAUUGAAUUAA